UGUACAUCCCUAAAUAACAAAUCAGGAAGAUAAAGUAAACACCAUAGCAUCAGAAAUGUCUUUUGGUAGCUGUGCUUUAAAGAUUCUAGUAAUAUGUUUACUUUGUUCCUUAGGUUCAACUUCAACAUGCCCAAAGGCAAAAGUACAGGGAACAAUUAUAAUGAAUGGAAAAACAGUAGUACGCGGAGUCGACGGAAAUAAUCUCACUAUCGUCUGUAAUGUCAAAAGUGAUAAACCAGCAGAAAAGUUCGUUAUGCGUAUAAAAGGAUUAAAACUGAAGAGAGCUGGAAGUGGAAAUUUAACGUUUUCCUUCAUACCAUCAAAAUUAGACAACAUGCAAUCAUUUAGAUGUUCUGUCUACAAUGCAUUUCUAGCUGAUCCACGGUCUUGUGAAGUAUUGUUGGAUAUUCAGUAUUCACCAGUUGUAAGAAUAAUAAAGGAAGCAUCUAGGAAAAUGCAAAAACUUAUCUGCAAUCCAAACGGAAAUCCUGAAAAUUAUACUUUUGCCGAUUGGGAGCACUGGUCUGAAUUCAAUGAACAUAUUCGAAAUGUUCAAGGGACACCUGACGGUACAUUUACUUUGGUGGAAUCCAACAAUAUCAACAAGUUACAUGAAAAUGAUGGCAUUUACAAAUGCAGAACUUCCAACGGUAUAUAUGGCACAAAUGGAAACCUAUACCAGAAAGGAACAGUUCUCAUAAACGAUAGAGUUCCACCGAUAUUUGUGAAUGCAAAUAAACCAAUCCAGUUUGGUAGUUACGGUCAGAAGAUGAAUUUGACAGUACAUUUAUACAAUAAGUAUGGCACAAUACAAACGACUAUAUCAAAACUAAACGAGACUUUGAAUAUACAUGGAAGACAGGAGAGGAUUCUAACACAAGACGUGUUCCAUGGUGUAAACGUUACAGUAUCAGGUAUAAAGAUAACAUUCCAACUGACACUGGAUAAAAUAGAAGAUUUAACAGAAUAUACAACGAAAGCGUGCAACGAAAAGGGGUGUAAUGAUUUAACGGUGAAGAUAAAAUUAACAUCUGAUCGCCCCAAACCUCCUACAAAUGUGUCAGUAAUUCCUUUGGAAAGACAUCUAGCAGUAUUAUGGUGUCCUGAAUAUAACGGAGGAGAACCUCAGACGUUUUUCAUAGAAUAUCAACAAGAAGCCGAUGAAAUGUGGAGACGGUCAGGACCUAUAAUUGAUAACAUGCAGGUUAGGAUGUCAAAUCUCCUGUAUAACAUGACUCCAAACACUCGAUAUUGUGUUCGGCUGUUGUCAAGAAAUAAAAUUGGUGAAAGCAAAAGGACGGCUGUCACUUGUGUGAUGACUUUAGCCAACCAAUCAUCAGUUAAAACGUCAUUAUCUUUCCAAGGCAUCGUCAUUGUAGUAUUAUUCGUAAUUAUAACAGUCCUAGGAGCUAUGAUUGGAUUAUAUGUUCGGUACCUGAAACAGAAGAUCAAGAGAAGGAUGAUAACACCAACAAAUGUCCCAACAACCGAAGCCAGUAAUGAUGAAAGUGCUCAUUAUACAGAGAUAACUGGAGAUGAUUACAGACGGAUAAUAUUGCAAGAAAACGAUAGUUUGACUAUUUCAACAGUCAAUAUAAUUGGUGUUGAAAAUCCAGAUACAAUCCCGCAGUUUUCAGAACAUUCAUCAGCAUCAUCCGACAACAUGGACAAUAACACAAAUACUUCAGAAAAUUAUGAUGAUGGGAUGGUAACACCAACAAAUGUUCCAAUACCUGAAGCCAGUAGUGAUGAAAGUGCUUUUUAUACAGAGAUAAAUGGAGAUGAUUACAGACGGACCUCAUUGCAAGAAAACAAUAAUCCGAUUAGUUCAACGGUCAAUAUAAUUGGUGUUGAAAAUACAGAUACAGCCCCGCAGUCCUCAGGACAUUCAUCAGCAUCAUCCGAAAAUUACAUAGACACUCCAGAAAAUUAUGAUGAUGGGUACGAAAAACCAUACACAACACUAGUGGUACAAAAUCAUGCUGACAACCAACAUGUUUAUCUCACUACAAAUAAACUCGGCAUCUAUGAAAAUUCAACACCGUUUGAAAAAGUAGCUUGUGGACGUUCUUUUGAAUUAAGAAAUAAUGAUACACCAACGGUUGAAACAAACCCACAUGUUUAUGAAAAUAACGACCAAGAAAAUACGAAUCUGAGUUAUAUUGAUAACGACUUCGACAAAAAUGACAAUGAUUUUCACAGGUCACACAUUGAUCAACGGAAAAAUGAGGCAGAAUAUAUUAACUUGAUGCUGAAAUAAUAAGAUAAAGUUUUAGAAUUCAGAUUUAAAUUUUUAGUAGACUUGUACUACAUAACAUAAGAUUAUUAUCAAAUGUGGUUCUUGUAUUUAUUAUCCAAUAAUCAUUCGUAGUUAGUCCGUUUACUGUCAGAAAAUUAACAUGGCCAUGAUCAAUGCAUUUGGUUAUAUA